AUGUUUCUUAAGAGUAUUGCUGUCAUCGCCAUAUUAGGCGCCUGCCAAGCAGUGGAACAUGCAUAUUCUUCACAAAGUAUUGUUGUUCACCAUCCCGAGCCCAAACAUCAUGAGCCUGAAGCCAAGCACAUAGAAACCCCUGUAGUGAUUAAAAAAGCUGUUCCAGUCGCCCACCACAUUGUAAGUUCGAAACAUGAAGAACACAAGCCAGCCGUUUCGUCACAGCUCUUUGAACGUCACGAUGUACCUGCUCCUCCACCAAAAGGAUUUUCCGAGCACCAUGGUCAUGCCAAGUACGAGUUCGAGUACAAGGUACACGACCCUCACACCGGUGAUGACAAGUUCCAACACGAGACACGUGACGGUCACCAAGUUAAAGGAGUCUACAGCCUCCACGAGGCUGAUGGAUCUGUGCGUACCGUUCACUACAACGCUGAUAAAAAGACUGGAUUUCAAGCAGAUAUAAAGCAGACCACAAAACAUGAACAGAAACAUCACCAUUGA